GAGAGAGAGAGAGAGAGAGAGAGAGAGAGAGAGAGAGAGAGAGAGAGAGAGAGAGAGAGAGAGAGAGAGAGAGAGGGACAGAGGGACAGAGGGGAGUGAGAAAGCAAGAGAGACCAGAAGCGCCUGCUGUAACACAGGAUCCAGUAUCAUGAGAGCCCAUCUAGGAUAUUUCCUCCUUCUCAGCCUUCUUCUGAUUGCUGUGGUGCGUGGUCAGAGACGAAAACCUCCAAGACCAACCCCACCACAGAGGAGACCAGCACCACAACCAGAGCCGCAAGAGCCGACUGACUUCCCUCCGCCCAUUUUGGGUCCUCCUUCCAUCUUUGAAGACUGCCCCAAGGAGUGCUACUGUCCCUCGGAUUUCCCCAGCACUCUCUACUGUGACAGACGCAACCUGAGGAAGAUCCCCAUCAUCCCACCCAGGGCCCACUAUCUCUACCUCCAAAACAACUACAUAGACGAGGUGACAGAAGAAGCCUUCAAGAAUGCUACCGGGCUGAAAUGGGUUAACAUGGACAACAACCGGAUCAAGAAGGUGGACCGCCAGGUCUUUGAGAAGCUGCAGAACCUUCUCUUCUUGUACAUGGACAAGAACAAUCUCCAAGAGGUGCCCAGUUUCCUGCCUCCCAACCUGGAGCAGCUUCGUCUGAGCAGGAACCAGAUCUCCAAGAUCCCUGCCGGAGCGUUUAAUAAGCUGGAAAACCUGGCCAUGCUUGACCUUCACCAUAACAAGCUGAGCGACAGCGACCUGGGCAAAAACAUCUUCAAGGGCCUCAAGAACUUGGUUCAGCUGAACCUGGCACACAACAUUCUGAGAAAGAUGCCACAGAACGUGCCACAUAAUAUCUACCAGCUGUUCCUGGAUCGGAAUAACAUUGAGGACAUUCCCAAAGAUUAUUUCAAAGAGUUCCCAAACCUGACCUUUGUCAGGCUUAAUUACAAUCAGCUGACCGACAAAGGGGUGCCCAAGAGGAUUUUUAACAUCUCCACUCUGUUGGAUCUUCACCUUGCCCACAAUAAACUCAACAGUGUUCCCAUUUUUAAUUCCAAGUUGGAGCAGUUGUAUCUCAACCACAAUAAUAUCGAAAGCAUCAAUGGCACAGAGCUCUGCCCAUAUCCUAUCAUGACCAUCGAUAUGAGUAACGAGGAUCACGUCCCUCGUCUGCGCUACCUGAGGAUGGAUGGGAAUGCAGUUCAGCCUCCCAUUCCAAUGGACCUCAUCAUGUGUUUCCGACAUCUGAAAUCCAUCGUCAUCUAAACCGCACAUCACUUCUAUUUUCUAAGAAACGACAAACUUGUUUUCUCUUGAAAACCUUCUUUGCCAAAGGCCAAGUGCCUUCAGAACUGUACUUCACUAAACGUAAGCCUUUUGAGUGCAUUGUGUAUCAGAUAUAAAAAUGAAACAAAGCAAUCAAACCACAUUCAUAAACAGCUUCACUCGUUCUAGAACCUUUUAAUAUCUAAGUUAUUCUGAAAGUGUGGACAACAGCCCAUGCAUUCAUGAGCUUUAUUAACUAUUGUUUUUGUAAGUUUGUUUUUAAUAAAAAAAAGUAAUGCAGAUGUACUUUGCUUUAUUUCAUGCCGUUUAGAAACAGAAGGCAUAUAGUGGUCUCAGAAACAGGUAAAUCUAUACUGAAGUCAACUUGGUAUUUUACUAAAUCAAGUGGUUUUUAGUACAGUUUUUUAUCUGCAUGUCUAAUACAACGCUGGACCUUAAAAGGUACAGUGUUUGACAAAAGCAACUUUUCUGAAAGACUCAAGUACAGUAUACUGCACUAAGUAGCUUGCUUGAUGUUUAGCUAGAACAUGUUCUGCACAAACAAAACUCAAGUUUUCAGUGGUUGAUUGUACAUUCACGAGUGGAAGAGUUAGUCGCUAGAUCUUAGUGAUCGCUUAUUUAAUCUCGGACUGUAUAUUUAUAAAUGAGACUGGCUCUGUUAGAAUGUAUACAUAGCUGUACGUUAUGUAAAAAUAUUGUUAACUUGUCUGCAUAACAAAUGGUCCAUGAUCUCAUAGUGGGAUGGAGCUUGGACCCACAGAGAACUUGCUGUUGUUUUUUUUUUAACACAACCUAUAUACUAAAAACAAGACUGCAUAGGACAGCCAGAUCAAGCACAAUAUUAAAAAUUAAAUAAAUAACACUUGAAAACUCAA